AUCUGUGUUCAUUAUUUUUUUACAGACAGGGGAUCUGUCUCUCCCUCUUUCUGUUAUAAAAAUUAAAAAAAUAAAUAGAUCAAAAUUAGAUAUGGAAUAAUCAAUAAACUUAUAUAAACAAGAACAAGUAAUUUAUAUUGUUUGUUAUUAUUAUUAAUUAGUUAAAAAUAUGGCUGAAUUAUUAUUAGAUCCAAACAUUCGAGGUUGGGUAUUUUUACCAAUUGUUGUAAUUACAUUUCUUGUUGGAAUAAUUCGACAUUAUGUAUCAAUUUUGUUGGCUUCUCAGAAGAAAGUUGAAAUACUUCAAGUUCAAGAUAGUCAAGCAAUGAUUCGAUCAAGACUUAUUCGAGAAAAUGGACAAUACAUUCCUAAAUCAGCAUUUUUAAUUCGAAGACAUUUUUUUAAUAAUGAAGAAACAGGUUAUUUCAAAACUCAAAGGCGGGCACCCGUUUCGCAAAAUCCAAUGACAGAUCCUAGCAUGAUGACUGACAUGUUAAAGGGAAAUGUCACUAAUGUGUUACCAAUGGUCCUUAUAGGAGGAUGGAUAAACUGGAUGUUUUCUGGUUUUGUUACCACAAAGGUACCAUUUCCUUUAACUUUACGUUUCAAACCCAUGCUUCAAAGAGGAAUUGAAUUACAAACAUUAGAUGCUGCAUGGGUUUCAUCAGCAUCGUGGUAUUUCCUUAAUGUUUUUGGAUUGAGAUCUAUAUAUACUCUAGUCCUUGGAGAAAAUAAUGCAGCAGACACAUCAAAGAUUCUUCAAGAUCAAGUGUCUGGAGCUGCUAUGUCAAUGCCUCCAGAUCCAAAAGCAGCAUUUAAAUCUGAAUGGGAAGCUUUAGAAAUUUGUGAACACAAUUGGGUAUUAAAUGGAGUGGACUUAGAACUUGUUGGGCUUAAAAAUAAGUCGGAAAAUAGUGAUAAUAUUUAUUCUUAAAUAAAAUAUAGCUAAUCAAGUCGAAAUCAAGUACAACAUACGUUUACUUCUUUGUUAAUGUAACACUUUCAUCAGUGGAUAUAAAUCAGUUCGACGGUGAUUGUCACAUGGCAUAUUUUUACGAAUUUUUUCUAACAACUGUAAAUCAAUUUCUGCGACAGCAAUACCAAUUUUUUCUGAACAUUGUGCUAUAAUUGUACCCCAUGGGUCUAUUAUCUGUGAAAUAUGUUGAAAAAUCGUUACAUAUAAUAUUAAAAUUAUUAUUAAAAUUUAUUGAAAAGUUUUUUUAUCAUAUUUAAGUGCAAUUUACCAUAGAAUGACCCCAGCUAGUUCGCUUUUUGUUGUGUACGCCAGUUUGAGCGGCAGCUAUAACAUAACAUUGGGUUUCAAUCGCUCGAGCUCGUAGUAAAACGUCCCAGUGUGAUGCCCCCGUUUGAUAGGUAAAUGCUGAUGGAAAUGUUAGAAUAUCAGCUCCUAAAUUUCUGAGUAUCAAAGAUAACUCCGCAAAUCGCAUAUCGUAACACUUUAACUUCAUGUUAAGAAUUCCAAAAAUUAGUAAAUAAUUGUACAUUAAGAAAUAAAAAUUAUUCCAAUUA